CCGGGGCCGUCACUUUGUGUAGCGCGGGGCCCGCCGCCGGCCCGCAGGCCCUGGCCCCGGCGUCCGGCCUGAGGCUCGGCCGGCCCGGCACUCGCGGAAGGAGCUUGGCCUGCUGGUUUCUCAGUGCUGGUCUUACCUCUUACCUGAAGAAACCGGCGAAGCUGCCUCACCCUCCUCCCCGCUGCAUGGUACUUCACAAGUGCCGCACCCUGUCCGUGCUUAGUCCGCUCCUCCAACAUUCCCUGCUGACUUGGUUCAUGUGUGUUGAGGCCUGGGCCAAGUGGAGGCUCACUCCCAGGGAAGAUGGCAGCCCUUCACACAACCCCUGACUGCCCCGCCGCCCAGCUGGAGAGGGUGGAGGAUGGGUCGGAAUGUGAUCCUGACCAGGAGGAGGAAGAGGAGGAAGAAAAGGGGGAAGAGGUGAAGGAUGUGGAGGAGGAGGAGGAGGAGGUGGAGAUAGUAGUGGAAGAAGAGGAGGAGGACGUGGUGGAGGUGGAAGAGGAGGAGCAGGUGGAGAAGGCCGAGGUGCAGGUGCAGGAGGUGGCACAGGUGCAGGAGGUGGCGCAGGUGCAGGAGGUGGUGCAGGUGCAGGGUGUGGCAGAAGCAGAGGUGGACGAGGUGGAGGCAGAGGUGGACGAGGUGGCGGAGGUGGAGGUGGUGGAGGAGAACGAGGAUGAUGACGACGACGUGGAAGAGGUGCUGGCAGAGGAGCAGAGUCUGGCAUUGGGGACCCAGGAACGACUUAACCAUGGUGGUGAUGCCAAGUCCCCAGUUCUUCAGGAGAAGGCCCUGCAGGCCUCCAGGGUUCUGGCUGCUCCUAGGGAUGAGGACCUGGAGGAAGAGGAAGAGGAGGAAGAGGAGGAAGAAGAGGAUGAGGAUGAUUUACAGAUAGCUGGAUCUCAGGGGCUGGUGACCUUUGAAGACGUGGCUGUGUACUUCUCCCUGGAGGAGUGGGAAAGGCUGGACGUGGACCAGCGGGCCCUCUACCAGGAAGUCAUGCAGGAGAACUAUGGGAUCCUGGUGUCCUUGGGAUACCCAAUCCCCAAGCCAGAUCUGAUCUUCCGGCUGGAACAAGGGGAAGAACCCUGGGUCUCAGAUAGCCCCCGUCCCGAGGAGGGAGAUAUCGUCACUGGCGUCUACACAGGAGCCUGGUUCUGGACUGAUGACAUAGAGGACCAUGAGGAGGAAGAUGACGAGGACUUCCUGGCGGAGGUGGCUGAGGAGGAGAACGAACCCCCGGGGCUGUGGUCAGCGGCUUAUGGCGUGGGGGACGUGCCUGGGACAUGGGGUCCCGAUGACUCGGAUUCGGCACAGACUCCAGAGGGAUGGGGGCCUGACCCAGGCGGCCUUGGGGUCCUGGCGGAGGGGUCAGAGGUGAAGCCCUUCCUGCCUGGCCGGGAGCCUGGUACGCACCUGCUGGCGCCCUGGGCGUUCUCGGCUGUGGUGGCUGCCCCGGCCGGGCGGCCCGAGACCACAUGCGAUGUGUGCGGCAAAGUGUUCCCCCAUCGGUCGCGGCUGGCCAAGCACCAGCGCUAUCACGCGGCCGUCAAGCCCUUCGGCUGUGAUGAGUGUGGCAAGGGUUUCGUGUACCGCUCGCACCUGGCCAUCCACCAGCGCACGCACACGGGCGAGAAGCCCUUCCCCUGUCCGGACUGCGGCAAGCGCUUCGUCUACAAGUCGCACCUGGUCACGCACCGGCGCAUCCACACGGGCGAGCGGCCGUACCGCUGCGCUUUUUGCGGUGCGGGCUUCGGGCGCCGCUCCUACCUGGUGACGCACCAGCGCACACACACGGGCGAGCGGCCCUACCCGUGCCCGCACUGCGGCCGCAGCUUCAGCCAGAGCUCGGCGCUCGCGCGUCACCAGGCCGUGCACACGGCCGACCGGCCGCACUGCUGCCCCGAUUGCGGCCAGGCCUUCCGCCUCCGCGCCGACUUCCAGCGCCACCGGCGCGGCGGCGGCUGCAUAGAGCCUGGGGGCGACGGCCUUCGGCGGGAACCCAGCGAGGCGCCAGUCGCGGCGGAGCCCGAGGAAGGCGAGGCGGACGGCGAGGCUGAGGCGACAGAGGAGGUGGCAGCGGAGGCGCCCACUCCCAGGAACAAGGAGGACCCCGAGCCGGACAGGCGGUUCCUUGAGCUGGGAAACGGCCUGGGGGAGGGGGAGGGCCCCUCCUCCCACCCGCUCGGCUUCCACUUUCCCGUGCACCCCAAAACUUGGCUCCACCCGGACGGCUUCCCGAUCCUGGGCCUUCCCGACUUUGGGGAGCGGCUGCCGGCCGACAGGCGGCCCCUCCCGGGACCGCUGGGGGGCCCGCUCUCCCUGGUGGAAGGUGCGGGGCUGGACUGCGACCCCUUCGGAGGCGGCGGGGGAGGAAGCGGCGGCGGCUUGCGCGCGUUUGGGCCCGCUGUCGGGGGACUGCUGACGGAACCGGCGCCCGCCGCGCUGGCCGAGGAGGAGAACCCGUGGAUCUGCUCCGAUUGCGGCAAGACGUUCGGGCGUCGCGCCGCGCUGGCCAAGCACCAGCGCUACCACGCGGGCGAGCGGCCGCACCGCUGCGCGGACUGCGGCAAGAGCUUCGUGUACGGCUCGCAUCUGGCGCGCCACCGGCGCACGCACACGGGCGAGCGGCCCUUCCCGUGCCCCGAGUGCGGCGCGCGCUUCGCCCGUGGCUCGCACCUGGCGGCGCACGUGCGCGGCCACACGGGUGAGAAGCCCUUCGUGUGUGGCGUGUGUGGCGCGGGCUUCAGCCGCCGCGCGCACCUGACGGCGCACGGGCGCGCGCACACGGGCGAGCGGCCAUACGCGUGCGGCGAGUGCGGCCGCCGCUUCGGGCAGAGCGCGGCGCUGACGCGGCACCAGUGGGCGCACGCCGAGGAGAAGCCGCACCGGUGCCCCGACUGCGGCAAGGGCUUCGGCCACAGCUCGGACUUCAAGCGGCAUCGGCGCACGCACACGGGAGAGAAGCCCUUCCGCUGUGCCGACUGCGGCCGCGGCUUCGCGCAGCGCUCUAACCUGGCCAAGCACCGGCGCGGCCAUACGGGCGAGCGGCCCUUCCCUUGCCCCGAGUGCGGCAAGCGCUUCUCGCAGCGCUCGGUGCUCGUGACGCACCAGCGCACGCACACGGGCGAGCGGCCCUACGCCUGCGCCAACUGCGGCCGCCGCUUCUCGCAGAGCUCGCACCUGCUCACCCACAUGAAGACGCACCGGGGCGCGGUCAGCGCGCCCGGACAGGCGGCGGCGGCGGCUCCCGCGCCCAAGGCCCAGGCGCCCGCCAAGGGGCCGCCGGGCGCGGGCACGAGUACCGGGCUGGGGGAGCGCGGCAGCACCCUGCUGGAGUUCGCGGGCGGGACGAGCUUCAGCUCCGACUCUUCUGCCGCAUUUGCGGGGCCCUCUGGAGCCUACGAGGAGAGCAUCAUGUGAAGGGCCCGAGGCCGACGGAAGCGCAGCCCUCUAGGCCACCGGCUCUUCCCCUGGGCGGUUCGGGCGCAGGCCGCUGCGUGCCGGCCCCUUGCUCCUAUGGCCUCGGAGGGGCUGAGGGUCCCAGUCCUGGGUGCGGUGCCUUCCCUCAGCCCUCGGCGCACCACCCCCGCCCCUACGGUCUCGGGUUUCCUUGCCACCCGGCCCCAGAGAACGGGCCAUCGCGCCCAAGCUCGCACGGUGGUGUGGGGAGCGCUCGGGGAGAGGAGAGUAGCUCGCGGGGCGGCCACCCCGACAGACUGCAACAUUCCUGGGUCUGUGCUGUGAAGCAAAGCGGUAGGGAUGGCAGGCGAUGCUAUUUAUUUUACUAGGAUUCCGAUUGGGGUGGCCAAAGGAACAAGUGACUUAAGAGUUUGUAACCGGGUUGUACAGCAAGGGAGGGGAAGCCUUUGCGUCAAGGGAAGUGGCGUGGUCGCGGGAAGAUCCUCUGGCUACUCGGUGGGUCUGCGCUGAUGUCUGGGUUGCUGGUGGUUUGACUCACGACUUCUUCCUGUUCGUCAGUGGGGAGACUUCAGGGACCUUCUGGUCAUUUGAGUGUGUCUGGGAAGUUUUAAGACCUGUGCGUGUAGCGAGGGGAAGCCUUGUAGGUUUCCAGAGGACGGUGUUCCUAACCCAGGAGGAUGGAGAUGCGAAUGGUAAAGCUUUUAUUCUGUAGACUGUGGAUAUGUAUUUCCACCUCUUGUAUGGCUUGAAGAAUCUAGGAGGAGGAGAAAAAGCCAGAAACCAAAUUUGUGGCCGGGGCGGAUGGGUUGCGGGUGUUUGCAGGGUCCCGAGGGAAUUUGAAGCCUUAUUCUCCGGAGUCGCUCACUCUCCUUACCCCACCUGAGCACUGAGAUUAGCCAGGCAAGGCGAACGGUUCGGUCUCAGUCUUAGCUUCCUUUGUCCUUUGGUACUCUCACCUCUAGCAACUGGAGAUGGCAUACUCAGACAUCCUUGGAGGUCCACCAGCUUCAGAUUCCUGAGUUGCCACCUCUCCUGGAGCAGGUGGACACAUGGAGCUCCACCCUUCUGGGCCCAACACUCAUUUAGUGUAAAGCGACUGAGGUUGGUCAAAGGAUCUUUCCCAACAUCUCAUAUUUAGGGCCCUGCAACUCCACAGGUCCCUUUAACUCUCCUGUCACUUUUUUACACUAGAGGCAAGUAGCGUUUCUGUUUAGAUUCCCAUUUCAGAUUGAUCAGUGGAGGCACGGAGGGCCUGGCGGUUUGUUCAGUGGCUGUCUACGUCUGGGGGUUGUGGACCUGAGCCCAUGGUUAAAUGAUAAACCAAGCACGCAGGUAUGUAAGGCCUCUGCCUGGUGGGCACCCCACCCUCUGGACUGGGUGCAGCUGAGGCAUGGCUCAUGUGAGGCUUCCUUCCUUUCAUGCUUUUUGGGCCAGUGUGAGUGGGACCAGAAAAAGAUUUUGAAGCAACUGCAUUCCCUUUUAGACCUAGUUCCUUCCAUUUUAGCGUAGACAUGGCCUUGGGGGCUGAGGGCCAGCAGCCAGGCUGCUAGGGGCUGGGGGUGGGUAGGAGACACGGUAGUCGUGGGUGGGAAGAGGGCCUGGGUGGUGGCGGUGAGGAUUAGCCCAGCUGCGUGAGGUUACGGGAUGGGGUGGCGAGUGGGCAGGGGCCCUAGAGAGGCGUCAGGUGUGCUGGGUGAUUGCCUUUCUGUCCUGGGUUUCACCUCUGCUGGUGGGACAGUAGCCUCAAAAGGGCCAAGGGCAAGGUGGGCUGGGGGACUUGGGGCAUCUCAGGCCUACCACUGUGUGGUCAGGGUCUGGCACUGUCCCUGUCCUUCCUGGGCCCCAGCUGCUUCUGCUCUGCAGCUGUUGGCAAGAGGACCUAGCUUUAAUAAAGAGUGGAGAAACAGC